AUGCAACGGGACUCAAACACUCCAAAAAGUGAUGAGACUAAGUGUCAUCAGUCUACAGAAUACUGCUUCCCUAACCUCAACUCCUCCUGCAGGCAGCUGCUGCGACCCACCUCCCAGGCCGCUCUUCUCUACACUCUGCUGGCCUCAGUCUCACUGCUCACUGUGGUGCUCAACCUUCUCGUGGUCGUCUCCAUCUCCCACUUCAAGCAGCUCCACACCCCGACCAACACCCUGCUCCUGUCCCUGGCCAUGUCCGACCUGCUGUUGGGGUUACUGGUGAUGCCCAUCGAGGGCCUGCGCUACAUCGAGACGUGCUGGCUGCUGGGGAGGCUGAUGUGUGCUCUCAGUCCUUAUUUGUCUUACUGCCUCCUCUCUUUUUCUCUGGACAGCAUGGUGCUCAUAUCUGUAGAUCGCUAUAUAGCCAUCUGUGACCCUCUGCUCUAUUCCUCAAAGAUCACAGUGAACAGAGUGAAG